AUGCGAUGCGCGAGCAAGGCCGCCGAGAGCGCGUCCGCACGUCUCUGUGCGGACGCCGAAGCAGAAACCACAGCAACUGAUGUCUCAUCGGUUGCUGAAGUGACUCAGCCUGUGUCAUUUGGUGAUGCAGGCGCUAGUCAUGAAGACACUCAUGUCUUCACAGAGUAUGAGCUCGGUGUCUCAUACUCUCCUGAUACGGAAGACGAAUCCGUAUCGACGGCGAUCGAAUCUAAGCCGCCUGCCAAGCGUGGCAUGGAUGAUGCUAUGCGUCGUAGCAUCUUUGGUUCAUCUGAUGAAUCAGAUGAACCAUCGCCGAAGCGAAGGCGCUCGAGGUCGCGAGACUCGGGCGCUAACAGUGGUGUUCGGUUCUCCUAUUGA